ACAGGCUGAGCCGUGCCGUGUGUCGCGGCUGCAGUUCGACACAGAGCUUAACCCGGCGACUACAACACGGAGCUUAGCUUUUUAUCUGAGGGGCUGAGGAUGGAGGAACACAUGGAGAGGACAGUGACGGCCGGAUAAAUCACCGGGGACGGUAAAAAAAAAGCCGACGGGAUUCGGGCGGGAUUCACCUGGAAGCGACCGUUAGGCGCGCGGACAGACCUGUCACGGUGUCACGGUGUUUCUGGGCAGGUAGACGUUAGCUGUUAGCCGCUGAGCUAGUCACGCAGCAGGGAGCUAACAGCAGCUAAGUUACUAACAAAGUUGUGUUAGUUGAAGUGGAACACAGAGCAUCAUGGACGUUUCUCUGCAGGACAAAAUGAUAAAACUGUAAAAUAAACCCUUUUUAUUGUCUUCAAGGACAAACUGACGCAUCGUGCCGCAGGUUUGAUUGACAGCUUGUCAAAAGGCGGGUUAUCCAGAUGUGGAGUCGGCAUGAAAAGUGCUGCAAGGGCUCUCUAAUUUAAGCACAUCUGCUGCAGGCCUGGCUUCUGCCCGGGGGAUGAAACGACUCACAACUCAACAGACUGCAUCAACAAGCGAGGUGUCGCUGAGCCUGUUUAACCCGCUGCAGUGAAGUCACAGAGUCAGCAGCCACAACACGAGGAGGCUGUCAGGACCAAACCAAAACACACACACACACGCUAACACACACACGCUAACACACUGUGUGUUGGAGUGGAGCAUGAAGAGGACAGAGAAUAAAAACAAGAGGAAACUGUGCAACAUGGAUCAGCAGCUGAGCGGAGGGGAGGACAAAGAUGCGAAGGAGUUUGCAGCUCCGCCUCCUCUCCUCUUCAGGAAGCUGAGUAACCCCGACCUGUCGCCGGCAGCAACCGCUGCCACCAAAUCCAAACUGCACCGGCAGCUGAGCCAGGAUGAGAGCUGGGCGCGACGCAGCAGCCUGGCCAUGACCGGUAAGCAGCUGCUGCCUCUGUCCUGCAGUCUGCACGCCGGUGUCAGUCAGCUGGCCUGGCAGGGGCCCUCGGGGGGAUUCGGAGGCCACGGGGCCAUAGGAGGAAUAUCUGCAGGAGCAGGAGAGGCGAACAACCUGGUCCGGAUGAGGAGCCAAACGUUGGGACAGUCUGCGCCGUCUCUCACCGGACUGAAGGAGCUGAGCCUUCCCAGAAGAGGCAGUUUCUGCAGGACGAGCAACAGGAAGAGCCUGAUUGUGACGUCCAGCACCUCCCCGACCCUGCCACGACCUCACUCACCUCUACACGGACACACAGGCACCAGCCCUCUGGACAGCCCCCGAAACUUCUCCCCCAACACAGCUGCACACUUCUCCUUUGUUCCUGCUCGCAGUCACGGACACAGGGCUGACAGGACGGAUGGCAGACGCUGGUCUCUGGCCUCGUUGCCUUCCUCUGGUUAUGGCACCAACACUCCCAGCUCCACUGUCUCGUCCUCCUGUUCAUCUCAGGAGAAGCUGCACCAGCUGCCCUUCCAGCCCACGCCGGACGAGCUGCACUUCCUCACCAAACACUUCAGCUCCGAGAGCAUCACGGACGAGGAUGGACGCCACUCCCCCGCCAUGAGACCGCGCUCCCGCAGCCUCAGUCCUGGACGCUCACCCAUCUCCUUCGACCAUGAGAUCGUGAUGAUGAACCACGUUUACAAGGAGAGGUUCCCCAAGGCGACGGCUCAGAUGGAGGAGCGUCUGGCUGUGCUGCUCUCCUCCUCGUCCCCCGAUAGAGUCUGCCCGCUGGCCGACGGGGUCCUGAGCUUCAUCCACCAUCAGCUGAUCGAGCUGUCCAGAGACUGCCUGGAGAAAAGCCGAGAGGGCCUCAUCACCUCCCGAUACUUCUACGAGCUGCAGGAGAACCUGGAGAAGCUGCUGCAAGAUGCUCACGAGCGCUCAGAGAGCGUGGAGGUUACCUUCGUCACACAGCUCGUCAAGAAGCUGAUGAUCAUCAUCGCCCGCCCAGCGAGACUGCUGGAGUGUCUGGAGUUUGAUCCCGAGGAGUUCUACCAUUUGUUAGAAGCAGCAGAGGGCCAUGCCAAGGAGGGACAGGGCAUCAAGUGCGACAUCCCCCGAUACAUCAUCAGCCAGCUGGGCCUCACCAGGGACCCCCUGGAGGAAAUGGCCCAGCUGAGCAGCUAUGACAGCGGGAACCCAGAGACCCCUGAGACUGACGACUCAGUGGAUGGUCGAGGACAGAGCGUCCCUGCAGCUCCACCUCCGACUAAAACCAAAGCCCCUCGAGAGGAAGACUUUGAAAACAUCAAACUGAUCAGUAACGGAGCCUACGGCGCCGUGUUCCUGGUGCGUCACAAAGAGACCCGUCAGCGUUUCGCCAUGAAGAAGAUCAACAAGCAGAACCUGAUCCUCAGGAACCAGAUCCAGCAGGCCUUCGUGGAGCGGGACAUCCUGACGUUCGCUGAGAACCCGUUUGUGGUCUCCAUGUUCUGCUCCUUUGAGACCCGGAGGCACCUCUGCAUGGUGAUGGAGUACGUGGAGGGUGGAGACUGUGCCACGCUGCUGAAGAACAUCGGCGCUCUGCCCGUGGAUAUGACUCGUAUGUACUUUGCAGAGACCGUCCUGGCUUUAGAGUAUCUGCACAACUACGGCAUCGUGCACAGAGACCUCAAACCUGACAAUCUUCUCAUCACCUCCAUGGGACACAUCAAGCUGACGGACUUUGGUCUCUCCAAGAUCGGUUUGAUGAGUUUGACCACCAAUCUGUACGAAGGACACAUCGAGAAAGACACCAGAGAGUUCCUCGAUAAACAGGUCUGCGGCACUCCAGAGUACAUCGCCCCGGAGGUGAUCCUGCGUCAGGGCUACGGGAAGCCGGUGGACUGGUGGGCGAUGGGCGUCAUCCUCUACGAGUUCCUGGUGGGCUGCGCUCCUUUCUUUGGAGACACGCCGGAGGAACUGUUCGGUCAGGUCAUCAGCGAUGAGAUCAUCUGGCCCGAGGAGGAGGAAGCUCUGCCUCAGGAGGCUCAAGAUCUGAUCUCCAAACUGCUGAGGCAGAAUCCUCUGGAGAGACUGGGCACAGGUAGCGCCUUUGAGGUGAAGCAGCACCCGUUCUUCACAGAGCUGGACUGGAACAGCCUGCUGAGGCAGAAGGCCGAGUUCAUCCCCCAGCUGGAGUCUGAGGACGACACCAGCUACUUCGACACUCGCUCUGAUCGGUACCACCACGUAGAUUCAGAAGAAGAGGACGACACAAACGACGAGGAACACGUGGAGAUCAGACAGUUCUCCUCCUGCUCGCCUCGCUUCAGCAAGGUGUACAGCAGCAUGGAGCGUCUGUCUCUGCACGAGGAGAAGAGGACUCCUCCUCCAACCAAACGCAGCCUGAGUGAGGAGGGCGGGGAUCGCCUCGACAGCCUGAGCGGACUCAAGUCCAGAGAUCGAUCGUGGCUGGUCGGAUCUCCUGAGAUCCUACGGAAGCGUCUGUCCGUCUCGGAGUCGUCCCACACAGAGAGCGACUCCAGCCCGCCGCUGACCGUCCGCAGACGCUGCUGUUCAGCCAUCAUCGAGAUGCCGCGCUUCGCCAUCUCCUCGGAGGAAGAAGGAGGCCAAGGUGCAGCAGGAAGUCGUAAGAGCCCCAGCCUGUUGGGGCUGUCUGCAGUGAGGGGCCCUCGCUGUGACGAGCUGCCCCUCGCCAUCCCAGAGCUCCCUGUGGAGAGAGAGCUGAAACUGGACGAGUCGCCGACCACGCCGGGCUCCACCUGCAGCCGGCUGAGCAACGCCACGCUCACCCCGGGGAGUUCAGGAGAUGUUUGUGACCGCGGCGGCAUCCGAGGAAACGGCGGCAACGGUAUCGCCGCUAAAGCUUCAGGAGACAGCGAGUCUCCGUCGACUCCGAGGGCGAUCAGCGACCUGGCCAUCCGCAGAGCUCGCCAUCGUCUGCUCUCCGGGGACGCGGACAAACACGCGCCGACGACGAGCUCCAGACCGCUCAACAAGGUCAUCAAGUCGGCGUCUGCGACCACGCUGUCUCUGAUGAUCCCUUCAGAUCACCACGGAGCCUCCCCAUUGGCCAGCCCGAUGUCCCCGCACUCGCUGUCCUCCAAUCCCUCGUCCCGGGACUCCUCCCCGAGCAGAGACCUGUCCCCGGCCGUGACCUGCUCCAAGCCCGCCAUCAUCAUCCACCGAGCGGGUAAAAAGUACGGCUUCACCCUGAGGGCCAUCAGAGUGUACAUGGGAGACUCUGACAUCUACACCGUGCACCACAUGGUCUGGCACGUGGAGGAGGGCGGUCCGGCCCACGAUGCGGGGCUGAGGGAGGGGGACCUGAUCACCCACGUCAACGGAGAGGCGGUUCACGGUCUGGUUCACACCGAGGUGGUGGAGCUCAUUCUGAAGAGCGGUGCCAAAGUGUCCAUCUCUGCCACCCCGUUUGAAAACACGUCCAUCAAGGUCGGCCCCGCCCGAAAGACGACCCACAAAUCCAAGAUGGCGAGACGCAACAAGAAGACCAAGAACAAGGAGGGACAGGAAAGUAAGAAGAGGACGUCUCUGUUCAGGAAGAUCACCAAGCAGGCGUCUCUCCUCCACACCAGCCGCAGUCUCUCCUCUCUGAAUCGCUCUCUCUCCUCCGGGGAGAGUGGCCCCGGAUCGCCCACGCACAACCUGUCGCCGCGCAGCCCGACUCAGGGCUACAGGUCUACGCCAGACUCCGCCCACUCAGUCGGUGGAAACUCGUCUCAGAGCAGCUCUCCCAGCUCCAGCGUCCCAAACUCCCCCGCCUCCUCGGGUCACAUCCGGCCCAGCUCCCUGCACGGCCUCGCCCCGAAGCUGCAGCGUCAGUACCGCUCGCCCCGACGCAAGUCAGCGGGCAACAUUCCCCUCUCCCCGCUGGCCCGCACGCCCUCGCCCACCCCUCAGAGCAGCUCGCCUCAGCGCUCGCCCUCCCCCUUAUCCGGCCACGCCCUGGGACAGUCUGCGGCGGGUCAGUCGUUCCCCGUCAAGCUGCACUCCUCCCCUCCCCUGGCGAGGCAGAUUUCUCGGCCCAAGAGCGCAGAGCCUCCGCGCUCUCCGCUCCUCAAGAGGGUGCAGUCGGCUGAGAAGCUGGCCUCCUCGCUCUCUAACCCCCCCUCCUCGCCCUCGGGGGUGGCGUCGGCGGGGGACAAGAAACUGGCGGUGGGAGCGGCCGUGGGGAGUCGGAAACACAGCCUGGACAUCUCGCACUCAGAUUUUAAAAAGGAGAUCCUGCAGAGGGAGCCCAGCCUGCAGAGCCUUCAGGAGUCAGCGAGCGAGGGUCUUCUGUCCUCGGGGGGACGCGGCGUGGAGAAGGGCAGCUUGCACAAACACUCGUCUUCAUCCAGGAAGUUGGGGCGUCAGGAGGGGGACGGCGGCCUCGGCUCAGUGCCGGGCUCUCUGGGUCUGACCCCCGGGAAGAGCAAGCUGAAGGACAAGCUGUCGGCCAUCAGGCAGGACCGAGCCGAGCGGAGGGAGUCGCUGCAGAAACAAGACGCCAUCCACGAGGUGGACUCAUCCGAGGACGAGACGGACGAGGGCUCGGAGGACAGCCAGGACGGACGCAGGGGGACCACCUUCACCCCUCCUCCCCCUCUGCUGCGGCCCACCACUGUGAGAACGGGUCCUGGAGGCACCCUCCCCUCACUCUGCCUCUCCCCCUGCACCCCCCACGCCACGUUCACCCACACAGGACCCUCCUCCAUAGGCAGGCCCACUCCCUCACACACCCUCCCCUCCGUGACAGAGGCCAAGCCCACUCAGAGCGCCCCAUUACCCGGACUAAAAGAGACAAGGUCCACUUCUGAGGACAGUUCAAAACCAGAGAGGAACGUUUUUGAGCCGAGCGGGACCACAAAGCCCACUCAGGGUCCCCUCCCCUUCUCCACCCCGGGCAGUGCUUUCAUCUCAGUCAGCAAGGACACUUUCCUCAAGCCGAGUCCUCCACAAGACUCCAAAAGUCUGAGGGGGAAGACAGCGCCUUCAGAGCCCAGGACGGAGGACCGACCCCCGGAGAGAACCACGGCCCCCUCUACCACCAUCACUACAACAAUGACAACCACGACGAGCACAGCAGACUCCAGAACCACCACCUGCACAGCAGACUCCAGAACCACCACCUGCACCACAGACUCCAGAACCACCACCUGCACCACAGACUGCAGAACGCCCGACGGCCAGGAGACGCCCCGUGCCUCCUGCUCCUCCCCCAGCAUCCCCAAAGAGAAGAAGGAGGCCGACAACCGGAGGCUGUGCGCCGCUGCAGCUGCGAGUCUGAACGCGUCGCCGUCGUCUUCUACUACUUCCGGCUGCAGCUCCACGUCCAGCUCCCCGGUGCCAGCCCCUGAAAGCAGCGUGGACAAGGUUGUUUCCCAGCUCGCGACGGUGGCUAAGAGCGUUCUGGGUCCAGUGAAACUCAUCACGGCUGCAGAGAAGAGCCAGACGGAGCAGAAACAAUGCAAAGGAGGCGCGGAGGAAGUCCAAACAUCCAUUCCUGUUUCAUUUCCCAAACAGACCCCUCAGCUGCCUCGGCUCUCAGAGUGCACAACCAAACAGAAAGCUGAGCAGGUGUCCUCUUCUACCACCGUGCAGAAGUCUGUCAAACCCACAACCCCGCUUUCAUCCUGCAAGGACGCCCCAGAGCCGCGUUCUGCAUCAGGGUCUAAGCCUGUACCUGCAGCAGCGGCUCAGCCCGCCCUCAACACAACCCCGAGCUCCUCUGCAGCAUCUGAGCCACAACGCAAGAGGCCAGUACCCCAGACCACAACUGCCACCAUCACCACUACCACCACCGCCACCGCUGUGUCCGCCUCCUCACAACAAGACAAAGCAUCCAGCAAGAAGACGUAGCAGCAAAAACAGACUCAAAGAAACCAGAACAAAAAAUGUACAAAAAAAACUCACACAAACUGCAUGUCUGCAAGACGACAUCCACGGCACUAAGCAGAGAGUUUGACUGAGAAAAAGCAGAAGAUAGCAGAGGCAGAUGUGGUCGUCCAUUCCAGCUGUUCUGUGCUCUUAAUGUUCAUGUGAGUUCUUUGGUGUCCUGACUCUUUGGUUUUCCUGCUUUCAGAUGAAAAAGGAAGAGUUUGCCUUCUUUUUUCCAUCUUUCUGCAAAAUGUGUACGGGGGCUAGAGAUAAAAAUGUGAGUGGUCCAUGCAGGAAUGAUUUUAAAACACGUCACACACACACACACACACACACACACCUCUCUCUCUCUCUCUCUCUCUCUCGCUCUUGAUCUUCUUGUGUUGCCUCGUUACUUUUCACCACGAUGUGUGGCAGACAGAUCAGGACGUGCCUUACUGAACACACACACACACACACACACACACACACACACACACACACACACACACACACACACACGCUCCUUCCCUCUCGCCUUUCCUAACAACUUCUCCUCAGCGAUGAAACAAAAAAGAGAAAGGUUGUUAAAGUGCAGGGAGUGUUGAGCAGUCUGUGUACAUGCAUCACAGUGUUUUUAAUAGAACUAAACCUGCACCCAGCUGUAGUCAGAUAUCAUGAACCAGUCCUGCAGCUGGACACAAUGGAGUCGUAUUCCCUGCAGGCCGAGCUUUAGUGAUUCAAAGAGUCCUGAGCUUUACUCUAAAUCCAAACAUCUGGAUGACUCUCCUUCAUUCUUGUCCAGCUGUGAUGACGAGUUAGAUAUUCCUCUUUAUUCUACUGCAGCUUGUACUCCAAGCCUUUUUGAAUGCCUUUUCUAAGGCGUUCAUUUCAACCACCUGCCACAGAUUUGACUGAAGCAUUCUCAUAUUUUUCAUGCCAAAUUCACAGACAUAAGUAUUCCUUCCACUCCAGCUUCUUAAAAUGUCUUAAAAUCAGAUUGAUUAUAAAAAUGAGAACGUCUCGUUUCAAGAUGUUUGUGUUGAGAAAUUAGACACACUAGUUUCUGCAGUGCACACACACACACAUUGAGCUGCAGAAUGCGUACUGAGCAUGCUCAGACUGACCUCAAUGUGUUGGACCUCCACCUCUUUCUUUCUGGCCCCCCGUCAGCCGCUGAAGGCUACUCUCAUUUUUAUUUCUUGGACCAACUUGCUGUGUUGUGUUGCCUCUAAUCCUGUAAACUUCACCGACUUGACUUUGUUUCAUGUGUGUGUGUGUGUGUGUGUGUGUGUGUGUGUGUGUGUGUGUGUGUUUGUAUGUGUGAGUGAGCGAGCGUUCAUUUGUGCAUGGUUAUCUGUGUAUAUAUAUAAGAGUAUUUAAAGUUCUGUUGUGCAUCUGUUUUAUACCUUGAGUGUGUUUGUGUGUGUGUGUAUUUUAGGAUUAACGGGACGUGUGUGUGUGUGUGUGUGUGUGUGUGUGUGUGUGUGUGUGUGUGUGUGUGUGUGUGUGUGUGUGUGUGUGUGUGUGUGUGUGUGUGUGUGUGUGUGUGUGUGUGUGUGUGUGUGUGUGUGUGUGUGUGUGUGUGUGUGUGUGUGUGUGUGUGUCGGGCGUCGAGCUUUGCACAAACACACAAAAAAAAUCACUGAGAGGAAAAGUGGAUGUUUGACCUCUGACUGUCCCGUGUUGGGGGUCAGACUCAGUUCUGUCGGGCUCUUAAAGGGGGAGUCCAGCGUGUUCAAACCUGGGCUGUGAUUUAGAGAUUCAUCAUCAGAAAAACUAACCAAUCAGAGGAGAUGUAACGACGGUUUCUCUCGAUGGAGUCUGGUGUCUUUGAAGGGAGCGUUUUAAACAUCUGUGACUCUCAAACACAGAGGUGUGUCUCUGUGGUCGUUCAGACUCCUCCUCCUCCUGGAGCGUCAGGUCAGGACUCCAGUUCUUCACAGAGUAACGACAGCAGAGCCCUGAUUGGAUGAUCUGUUUUUCCUUGAUAUAUUUGUUCCUUCCUGAUCACAUCCCAGAUUCUCUCCGUCUACUUAUUGUUUUAUGUUUUUUUUUGUUUUUUUUGCUUCAUUUAAAGAAAAAAUCACAAUCUGAGACGCACAGUGAUCCCGGCCCGGGUCAGAGCGCUCUGAUCUCAGCUUAAGGUUACACCCACUGUGGUGAUCUCUCUCUCUUAUGUUUACAUGUUGUUGUUGUUUUUAUUUGUGUUUUUGUUUUUGUGAAUGGAACUCGUUGCCUGUAGCAAUCAAUCCUCCUCUGACAGGCGGGAAAGAAGUGACGCCACGCUCACAACGUGGACGAUUCAGCGCACACAAAAACGUCAGAGUCAUCUCACUCGUGUGCUCGUGCAGGUGUAGGCAUCAGCUGUCCAAUCAGAUGACGGCGAGGCUUCUACCUGUGAUGGCGUUCAGUUUGCACAGAAGAGAUUUUAAACCUGUCGCCUCGUGGUGUCGUAUCCGCUGGAAGAUGAGACGACUGACAUGUUUCUGUCGCGCUGCUCGACCACUAAAGAGGUGAAGGAGGCGCGGGAGAAGUGAUGAGAGGAAACCAGGUCGUAUGUCACGAGCGAUGGAGACGAUAAAAAGGUGCAAAGACAAAGUUUAAUAACGCACAGAGUCAUGCAAAGACAGAUUGAAUUAUUUUCAACUUUUCAAAGAAAUGUUUUUUAGCACAGAGAUCCUCGUGGCGUCCUGAUGAAGCCGGUCAGACCAAACCCCAUUCAAAAAACAACUCUCACAGGUACACCUGACGAUUCACAUCCACACCUUUUACAAAUCUGCAAAGUGAUGACGUCAUUUCAGCAUCCUUUAAAGCGUUCAUGUGAAAUAAGUCACAGCGACCUUAAAUAUCUGUGAAGAAGAGACGCUGAUACUCAGGCUCAGUCGAACCUUAAAGUAGAACUCAAAAAGAUUGGAUUAAAGUGUGACACGAUCAGCUCAAUUCAAUCUUUCUUGCAGAUUUUAUAUCUCUGAUUUAUCUUCUCUGAUAAGUUAGAAAAGUCACAGUAAGCGAGGCUCCAUUUUUCAAAGUUGGAAGGGGAACCUUCUCAACACUUAUUUUUUAAGAGGAUUAAAUGUUUUCUGAAUCAUAGCUCUCGAUAAAAAUAUCACCUACUUGUUCCUCAGACGCUCUUCUUCUCUAGAGUCAGUGUGAGCGCUGAUCUGAUCUUUCAUCUCCUGCAGGCGGCAUCACGCUUUAUUUUACCUUCUUAUUAAGCCCCCGCUGUGUGUGUGUGUGUGUGUGUGUGUGUGUGUGUGUGUGUGUGUGUGUGUGUGUGUGUGUGUGUGUGUGUGUGUGUGUGUGUGUGUGUGUGUGUGUGUGUGUGUGUGUGUGUGUGUGUGUGUGUGUGUGUGUGUGUGUGUGUGUGUGUGUGUGUGUGUGUGUGUGUGUGUGUGUGUGUGUGUGUGUGUGUGUGUGUGUGUGUGUGUGUGUGUGUGUGUGUGUGUGUGUGUGUGUGUGUGUGUGUGUGUGUGUGUGUGUGUGUGUUCUCCAUCUGCUCUCAGCUGGUGGUCUUAUUAGAGCUACAUGGACAGAUGCCUCUCUCUCUCACACACUCAUACAUAUAGAUCAAUAAGAUGCAGUCUAAUGAACUCUCCACUGCAGGUAUACACACACACACACACACACACACACACACUGUACUCUCCUGUGUGUACAGAUGAUGCUCUGGCCAUCUGCUGGAGAGUGAAGAAAGUGUCAGUUUCCCUCACCGUGUCAUUAAUCUUUAAGCCCUGAGCCUGUUGACCACACACACACACACACACACACACACACACACACACACACACACACGGGGGCAGGUCAGCCAACACAUUCACUACCCAGAAUCCCUCUGGCUCCUCCGGUCAUGUUCAGCAGUUUCGCUCUGUUUGUCGGUUACUCCAAACCGCCAGCCUGUGUUUACCCAUCAUGCACCUCUGCUGCUGCACAAACCACACACACACACACACACACACACACACACACACACACACGUCUGCAGAGAAUCUAUAAACCAACAACAACAAAUCAAAUGAAGACUUUUAUCGGUCUUUAUUUAUGUUCUUUAGAGCGUCUGUGAAUAAAUCCAAAUUUGAGCUUUAACAAUCUGUCCUUGCUUUGUCUCCGUUCAGCACGCUUUCUCAAUUUCCAAGCUGAGUCGUUCUCGGAGCAUUUAAAGAAUAAUCUGUCCACCAGAGACGACGCUUCUGUCCCCCGUUUGCCAACAGAUAGGAUUCAAACAUGGGAUGUGAUUUUGUCCUUAACGAGCUUCCGUACACUCUGACUCUGAUGAUCUGAGGAGUAUGACGAGGUACGAGCUGAAGCCUUAUAACACACACACACACACACACACACACACACACACACACACACACACACACACACACACACACACACACACACACAGGACGCCCCGUGUCUUCGUCCUGUCCCCGCGUUUGAUCAGGCCGUUAAUCGACUUUAAAGGACUGGACUUUGGCAGAUGUGGGCGGAGUCUCCCCGCUGUGUGUUUGUCUUUAAAGAGUGAUGAAGAGGAGGUAAAGAGAGAGAGAGGAAAUCAUUGCUCGAGUGAAACCAGUGCAAUAUCUUUUUAUUUUUUAUCGUGGUAAAAGCAUGUUGUUGUCAAUCUUACCUUACAACAAUAAUAAAGUUUUUUUUUAUGUA